AUGUCAAACGUUAAAGUCAAACUCAGACUAUUAUACACAUCUCAAGGACUUCAAUUAGAAUUACAAAUAAGGGUACUCAACAAUCUUUUAGAAACAACCAAAAGAGAAGAUGUUAUAACAUUUGCAACUAUCCAAAGAAUUCAAAAGGAAGUAAACGAAAUUAAAGAUUUUAUAAGAUUUCACAAGUUAAAGAUUACAAUCGACGAAAUUCUUGAAUAUUUAAAACAACCUUUAAAAGAAUUUGGAAAAUUUUGGUAUUUCUGGAUAGUUUAUUCAUUAAAAAGAGACUCAUAUACUAGUAUUACCGAAAAGGCUUUUGAUAAAGCAAAAGAAAACAAAGAUAAUUCUGUA